GUCCCCGGCGUCCCCACUGACUAACAGCCUGGCGCUUUUCCAGAUUUCAUCAGUGGACGUUCCGACGUGCAAAGUCUCUAGAGAUGGAGUUUUGGAUCAAAGCAACUUUACUUAUUUGCUCGUAUGGCUUCUUCAAGGAAAUGAAGCCCUCAGAACCUUUCCUGACGCCCUAUUUGAAAGCGCCACCUAAGAAUCUAACAGAAGAACAACUGGACAACGAAAUCUACCCUGUAUGGACGUAUUCCUAUCUUGUGACCCUGUUCGUGGUGUUCUUAGUCACAGACCUCCUGAGAUACAAGCCGGUAAUAAUAACUGAGGGUCUAGCUUACUUGACGACAAGAAUACUUCUGAUUUGGGCGAGUGGGGUUUUAGCAAUGCAGUUCAUGCAAUUCGCCUAUGGAGUGGCGACUGGCGCCGAAGUAGCGUACUAUUCUUACAUUUAUGCAGUUGUUGACAAGGAUCGCUACCAGAUAGUGACGAGCUAUACGAGGGCUGCAGUCCUUUUAGGAAGAAUGUUAUCUGGAGUGACCGGACAGCUUCUAAUAUCGCUCAAAGUGACUGACUACCUUGCUUUAAAUUACAUCUCUCUUGGAAGUGUAUCAAUCUCCUGUAUUCUCACCCUUCUACUACCCAAGGCUUCUGGGAACGUUUUUGUAACCAGGACAGAGACUGAACCAACUGUUGAACAACAACAAAAUGGCUGCUUCUCCUCUUGGAAAACAACAAUGUACACCAUGUUUCAGGAUUUUAAACUGUGUUAUUCUGACAAACAGCUUCUGCGUUGGUCUCUUUGGUGGGCCUUUGCAACAUGUGGGGAAUUUCAAGUUGAAAAUUUUGUCCAGAAUUUAUGGGACGUCAUCUACCCCUCACACAAGCACAAAAUCUACAAUGGUGCUGUCACUGCAAUCUCACACCUAACAGGGUCUUUGGUGGCCAUUUCACUGGCAUAUGUGAAGAUCAACUGGUCGUUGUUUGGAGAGUUGUGCCUUGGAUUAGUGUCAGUUGCAGAUGCAUUCUUUUUGUUCUUUAGCGCACAGACCAGCAGUAUCUGGAUAGCAUAUCUUAUGUACAUCCUAUUGCGUACAGCAUAUACCUUUCUCAUAACAAUAGCAAGCCUGCAGAUUGCCAAACAUGUGGAGAUGACCAGAUUUGCCCUGGUGUUUGGAAUAAAUAUGUUUGCUGCGUUGCUACUACAAACAAUCCUGACAAGCAUUGUAGUGGAUAAACGGGGGUUAAACCUUCAAGUUCAAACACAGUUUGUUGUUUAUGGAAGCUACUUUUUUCUCAUUGGAGCCGUGUUCUUGGCAAGAGCUGUGUUUCAUAUGACUAGAGUGGGAUGGCAGCGAUCCUGGCAACUGCGGUACAUUGAAAUUGAAGACCAAUCUCUGGCAGUUCUGACAAAAAUGAAUGAAGGACAUCCUACUGAACCUGAUGGUGAACCUGUUGGAGUAAACAAUGAUGGUUUAACAGAUGAGGUGAUGGAGAAUAAUCAGAAUUAAAUUUCAGAUACCAAAAAAUUGUUUGGUAUUUAGAUGGUGUUGAGACAAGCCAGGUGCUGCACAGCACUUUGUUAUGAAUGAGAAACAUCUACCAUGAUAUAAUUUCCUUGUCAACCUUGCUUUCCUUCAAUCAGCAUUGUAAUUAAGGAGUAAGAAUAUGCAAUUUUGCAAUAACAACUUAAUUUCAGUGUAUCACAAUAUUGUGAGCUUGGGGAUUUACUGUACAUGUGAUGUAUAGAAAAGAACUGUUUUAUGCAAGGAUAGCAGAGAAAACCAAAGUACACUUAGAAUGUGGUUAGUUCUCAUUUGAGUGUUAAAUAAUUAUACCCUCAAUUGUUUGAUUUCAUCAUUUUACUUGAUCGAUUUUAAGCAGGCCUUAAAUUAAACAGCAAGCUCCUCCCAAGUUUUAAGAAGACCAUAACAUCUCUAGUUUAGAAAAAUUAUUAGUAAUUCAUAGGGAAAUUAGAAAAACUUUCAAGGUCUAUUGAUCCCUGAACAGUAGUACCUGAGAUUUGUAGAGUUCUAGGUUUGUACUCCUUUUAAGUUAAACUGGUUGUAGGCAUAGUUCAAAGGACUCCACAACACAAUUCAGGUAAAGUUCUCCAGGUUGUAUUGAACACAAGAAGAUACAAGAGCAAAACCAUGACAACUUACUGCUAGUAACCUAGCCUCCAAAGAAUUACUAUGAAUUAUCAAAACCUAGAUUACUGAAUAAUGCAAUUCAAGAGUUUUCAUUGACCUAGCCAUCAUGGGUUCUCAGCCAUUCAGUACCAUGCUCUACAAAUUAUAUGGUAAGCGUACGCGUAAUUUCUUGGGGCAUUUUUAUUUUUAUUUUAGUUUAGUUUGUUUUAUUUUGCGGGCGUUUUUAAUAAAAACAAUUAUUCCACUUGUGCUUGUUGGAUUUGAGAUGAUUAUACCCAACUCACUGCUAUGUGCCUCUUGGGCUAUCUACUGUACCAUCUCAUAUCCAAUGUUACGAGUAUCGUUGAAGAGCAGGGUUGUUCCCAGACAGAACUCAGGGUCGCUAGU